AUGGCCUCACAAGUCAUUGCUCUUGCGGUGCAUCAUCGCUCUCGCAGCGCGUCGACUUACACCGACACCUUUUUCACUGGCAUCGCCCCCAAGAAUUACUCGCAGAUACUGCUCGCGCAGACGUCGCCGCAUGCUGGCGCUUACGGCAGUGGCGACGAGGACGAGUACGGGGGGGCAUAUAAGAUCCCGGCCAUGCUAUUCACCGUGGUCAGCCACCUCAUUACCGCCAACGCCGCCGGCAUUCCCAUCCAGGCGCGAUGCGGCCGCCUCGCCGACCGCUCCUGGGACUGCCUUGUGCCGUGUGUCUCCGUCUGCGGGCUCCUAACGCGCUGCUGA